CCCAAUGGCUAUUCGAAUUCUCGAUCCCGGUGCCUGGAGCGGGCCAUUCAGAGGCGUGGGGCCGGGCCUGGCGGACGCUUGUUGUUGUCCGGCCGGGGGAGGCGGAGGUCGCUCGCUCGCUCGUUCGUUCGCUUGCUUGCUGGGGCGGUCUGUGGCAGUCGGCGGCAGGUCGGUCGCGAGAGCGGGCGCUGUGCAGGGGGGCGAGGCUAUGUCGCGGUGGCAGCCCGGAUGGGCCGGCAGGUCCGGGAGUAACGGGACAUCGCCGCGGAGCUUCUUCCCCCGGAUACAGUGCGUCCCGAGUGGAGGCCGCGGCGCCGCCCUGCGGUCCUGAGGAGCCCGCGCUGCGCAUAUUCCGCCCUGUCUGCAGACCAGCACCGACACCAAGCCACUCGGCCCGGUCCAGCCCGGCGCGGCCCGAUCUAUCCCAACCAGGCAGGCAACACUAGCCCUUCUGGAGCACGGAGUUCCCUCCCCAAGGACAUGAAGCUGUUGGAGAACUCGAGCUUUGAAGCCAUCAACUCGCAGCUGACUGUGGAGACUGGGGAUGCCCAUAUCAUUGGCAGGAUUGAGAGCUACUCAUGUAAGAUGGCAGGAGACGACAAACACAUGUUCAAGCAGUUCUGCCAAGAGGGUCAGCCCCAUGUGCUGGAGGCACUCUCCCCACCCCAGACCUCGGGCCUUAGCCCCAACAGAUUAAGCAAGAGCCAAGGUGGUGAGGAUGAGGGCCCCCUCAGUGACAAGUGCAGCCGCAAGACCCUCUUCUACCUGAUUGCCACGCUCAAUGAGUCCUUUAGGCCUGACUAUGACUUCAGCACAGCCCGCAGUCAUGAGUUCAGCCGAGAGCCUAGCCUCAGCUGGGUGGUGAAUGCAGUUAACUGCAGUCUGUUCUCUGCUGUGCGGGAAGACUUCAAGGCCCUGAAGCCACAGCUGUGGAACGCAGUAGAUGAGGAGAUCUGCCUGGCUGAAUGUGACAUCUAUAGCUAUAACCCAGACUUGGACUCAGACCCUUUCGGGGAGGACGGUAGCCUCUGGUCCUUCAACUACUUCUUCUACAACAAGCGGCUCAAGCGAAUUGUCUUCUUCAGCUGCCGCUCUAUCAGUGGCUCCACCUACACACCUUCAGAGGCAGGCAACGAGCUGGAUAUGGAACUGGGAGAGGAGGAGAUGGAAGAAGAAAGUGGAGGCAGAGGCAGUGAGGGCAGGGCCGAGGAGACCAGCACUAUGGAGGAGGACAGGGUACCAGUGAUCUGUAUGUGAUGAGGAGGAGCAGUGGCCCCAGCUUCAUCCAGCUUCAACCAAUGCCUGGACCUGCCCACCUGAGAGGCCCCAGGGCCUCCCCAGCUGCUGGCCAGAACCCGGCGCUGCCCAAGGCCACACCUGCCUAGCCUUUUGGCUCCAGCCUGUGAAUGUCUGCUCACCCUCACAGGCUCCUGCUGUCCAUGCUAUGGCUGGGUUAGUCAGCAUGGGGCGUGUGGGAAGAGUGACUGCCCUGCCCAGAUGAACUGCCAUAGGCAGGGACUGAUGAACCACAGAAUUUAUUUUUAUAUUUCUACUGGGCCUGCACACUCCAGCCCAAAGGGCCUAUGGCCAGAGGCCCCGCAAGCAGGCUCCAGCGGUCACUGGCUCUGGUCUUGGGCCGGCCCCUGGCGCCUACCUGUACCCCCACCUCACCUGUUUGGCCGCGUGCACUGAGUGUCACUUUGCUGCAGCUCAUUCGUUUCCAAUAAAAGUUUCUGUGAUUUA